UGCCGUCAUCCCUGAGUCCCGUGCCGCACAAAAAAUAGCUGCCAACAGCCAAAGGAAAUCUGUCAGCUUUGGCAUAAUUGAGCUUCUCAGUAUCCAAUUGGGCAAAAAAAGAGGAGAAAAAAGUUUAUAAGGAGGUGAAUAAAGGUCCAGGAUGUACAGCUUUAUGGGAGGUGGAUUAUUCUGUGCUGGAGUAGGAAACAUACUCCUGGUGGUCUCCACAGCCACUGACUACUGGAUGCAGUAUCGGCAGUCCAGCGGCUACAUGCACAUGGGCCUGUGGCGCUACUGCAUGCCUGGGAAAUGCAUGACACACACAGACAGCAUUGCUUACUGGGACGCCACCCGUGCCUUCAUGAUCCUGGCGGUCCUGGCCUGCUUCUUUGGGCUGAUGAUAGGGGUCAUGGCCUUCAUCAACUACUCCUCCUUCGGUGGAUUCGACAAAACAUUCGCUGCAGGAAUUCUCUAUUUCAUUUCAUGCUUCUUUGUGCUGCUGGCCAUGGCGAUCUACACCGGAGUGACAGUCAACUACUACGGGAAACGAUACGGAAACUGGAGGUUCUCCUGGUCGUAUAUAAUGGGCUGGGUCUCAGUGGUGCUUACAUUUUUUUCAGGAAUCUUCUACAUGUGUGCUUACCGUAUGCAUGUACCCAGAGGCCCGAUGUCACGCUGAAGCAUCUCACCCCACAUCUACCAUCAUUACCAGUGUGAAUGUGAACCACAAGGUCCUUCCAUUUUUAUUUACCUCACAAAUACUGAACAUAAAUGAAUAAACGCUGCAGAGAAUGAGAAA